AUGGCAAAGCUAGUCGCAUUUCUUCUUUUCGUCAUUUAUUGUGGUGCAGCGCCGGGUGGUGGAAAUGCCGGAAGAGUUAUGGCGAUUGUUAUGCAUGGUGAAGCUGACAAGUUAUGGGACAAUGACCAAUUAAUAGGGACAAUGCAAUUAGAAUCAACAUUGACAAAUUAUGGCACAAUUGAGGAUGGAAGAUUGCCUGCUUUGGAGAGGAAUCCGAUGCUUUUCGUAAGAAACACUCUUGAAUUGAUAAAGCGAUAA